AUGGGGGAGAUGUCAAUCCUAUACUCCUUACGAGAAAGCGAGAUCUCAAUUCUCUGGAAUGGGGGGCGCCUACCAGCCUUUAAGCCGGGCCGUGGACUUCGUCAGGGAGACCCACUAGCACCGUAUCUCUUCAACCUAGUGAUGGAAAGACUAGCAUAUGAGAUUCAAAGCAAGGUCAAUGCAGGUCAUUGGAAGCCAAUUCGCAUCUCUAGAGGUGGCAUUGGUAUCUCGCACCUUUUCUUCGCAGAUGACCUGAUGCUUUUUGGAGAUGGGACUGAACGACAGGCCAAUGUCAUGAUGUACUGCUUGAACAACUUUAGUAACUCUUCUGGUCUUAAUAUUAACCUCUCUAAAUCUCUUAUCUUCUGUUCACCUAACCUAAAUGCAGGUACAAAAAGAAGUAUUGCAGAGAGGAUGAAUAUACCAAUUUCUGACAACCUGGGGUCUUAUCUUGGGAUCCCAAUGCUGCAAAAGCGGGUCUCUAAGCACACCUUCACAACAGUCCUUGACAAAAUGAGAAGAAAACUAGCGACAUGGAAAGCUAACUCUCUCAGUAUGGCGGGAAGGAGGGUUUUAGGUUGGCCACAGUUCCAACAUAUACCAUGCAGGCCAUGGCUUUACCGGUUAAUACCUGUAAUGACAUUGACAGAAUUUGCAGGAACUUUCUGUGAGGUCUUCUCGGACCAAAACAAGCUCUGGGUGAAAGUAAUUCGAGAUAAAUACGUCAAAGAUAAAGAUUUCCUCCAGGUGCAAGCUAUUAACACAAGCUCUUGGGGGUGGAGAAGUAUUUUGAAGGGGAGGAAUAUUCUUGCAGAAGGGGUCCGAUGGCGGUUAGGCAAAGGGGACUCUGGGUCUGAAGGUGAGCAAGAAGAUCUCGACUGGGUUUGGCGAACCAAUUGUACGGAAAAAAUCAAAAUUUUCCUUUGGAAAAUCCUUAAAAAUGGGCUGAUGACGAAUGUUGAACGGCAACGAAGAGGACUGUCAGCUACCGCAACCUGCCCGUGCUGUGGAGUGUAUGACGAGACAAUGGACCAUCUCUUCCGGCAAUGUGACGUAGCGGCGGAAUGCUGGAGCUCAGCGACAGGGCAGAACGAUGGCAACCCCCCUGGAACGCUGGAUGAAGCAGCAAGAAACAAUAUCUCCUUUAAUGGCACGUGGACUCCACCUUCAGAGAUUUUACGGCGUGCAACAGAGGGCGCGAAAGAGGCAGAGAGACUCCUUAACCAUAAGGGACCAGGGACGGCGAGGCAGCACUGGGUGGCUUGGUCACCUCCCCCACCCGGUGUCAUCAAAAUUAACACGGAUGGUGCGAGCACGGGAGGCCUGAUUAGAGAUCAUACAGGGCAGUGGAUUGUGGGCUUCAUCUCCAAUGUUGGCGUAACGAAUAGCUUCAUUGCGGAGCUUUGGGGUUUCAGAGAAGGUCUCAUGGUCGCAAAAGCACCAGGUUUUGAUAAGAUUAAGGCUGAAACCGAUUCAGAGUCCUUAAAACAGGCUUUAGAAUCACGGUCGGAUUCUUCCCUCACAGCAAGCACGUUAAUUGCCGAUUGUUUGCAUCUCAUGGGUCACUUCACCUACAUCGAGGUCACUCAUGUCCUACGAGAAGACAAUCAGUGUGCUGACUUCCUAGCAAACUUGGGUCAAGAGGCCUCCUGGGGCACUACUUUACUUGAAAACCCCCCGGACAGUGUAAGGGAGCUCCUGGUUCGUGACUCCCAUAGUGUGGCGACUAGUAGAAGACGUUAA